AUGGCAAACACCAACGACCUCUAUGAGAUUCCUCGUCCGACGCUUGCCAAAGUGGUGAACAUCGGUGGUCUGGGCAUGGAAUCCCGGGAUGUGAAGCCGCUUCCUAAGAACAUCGAGGAAAUUAUGGAAAAAGGAGACGGAGUGAUAGUGUUGUCAUUUGGUUCAGUUGCUGUUGCUUAUAGGAUGCCUAUGGAGUGGAAGAUGGUCUUUCUGGAAACAUUCAAACGGUUCCCCAACUAUCAGUUCCUGGUGAGAUAUGAGAGCGACGACAUCAGAGGAAAUCUCUCCUCGAAUGUGCAUUUAUUCAAAUGGUUUCCUCAAACUGAUAUUCUUAAUCAUCCUAGAACUAAGGCUCUCAUUACCCACGGAGGAUACAAUAGUUUUCAAGUA